AUGUUCACAGCACUAAAAUAUCACUCUAUGGACUAUUUACAUGAGAAUAUGGUUAGAAAGAAAUUAAGCAUUAGAUCAUUAUUGCUUCAUAUUCCUUCGUAUUUACAUCAUGACGAGUAUAAUUGUCAUGCUGGAGUUGUUGAUGAAAAGUUUAGGAAGCCAUGGAAAAGAGUCUCAGUCCCUGAAACUCUACAAAUGGAGGAUUUCUCAGUGCUGGAUCAGUGGAAGACAGCGUUUUCUAUGGAGAAUUUCCCUGAAAAGAGAACAGUUUCGUACGUUGUGUCUCAUAUUAAUGACUUUGAAGAAAUCAUUCCAAGUUCAAAUCCAUCCUCUCAAAUCGACAUAGAGAAGAGCUAUUUGCUUACUCAGAAUGACUAUAAAGAAGUCUUCCACUUGGUUACUUGUUUUGAGAGAUGGCCAACACUUCAAACAACCAAUCAAGAUUUAUUUAUUGAUGAUGAAAUGAUUUUUAUAGAUAGUUUGAUGGAGUAUAAAAAACAACUACCUACUUUGUAUACCCUUCUGAGUAGACUAAAAGUGUUUUUAUUAAAAGAUCCUUGUUUAGAUUUCAAAGAACAACAAAUCCUCAUAGAAGCUGAUCAUUUCAGGGAAUAUGCUCCUUUUCAAAGCAAUUUGGAAGUCCAUGAGAAAGAAGAGUUUUAUAUAAUUAAGGAGCUAUUUAAAGAUGAAAAGCAAUUGAUUUUGCCAGUUGAACAUGAAUUAUUGAAACCUGUCAGCCUCCAAGAAAGAACAGAUAAAGUAACAUCCUCGGAACUUAAGAAGUCCCUAAAAUUAACUCCAGAAAUAAUCAGUCAUACAUUUGAAAAUGAAAAACUCUUUGAAAGAGCUCUUCCUACCAAGUAUAACAAUGAAAUUAUAACAAGAUACUGCCCCACAGAGAGGAUUUAUACCAGCCAAGACCAAUGUGAACUAGAAAUCAGUGAACCAGUGCCACAAACUGAAGAGCCAGUAAUUCACUAUUCGAUUACAGAUUUGAAAAGAAUGUUUUCUGUUGAGGUAGAAAUCCUUAAUCUUGGCUCAUUAAAAGAAGAAUGGUGGAAACAGGAGGGAUUGAGCAUGAAAAUAACAGACACCUUGGAACAUCUGACUUCAGAUUUGUGUCACUGCAACUUGCUUCCAAUUCAAAUGGAGAUAUUGCCCAUAAAACCACUUCAGUUAGAAUGGUGGUUUGAACAAGAAAGCGAUACUGUUGUUAAACUCAAAACCUCUCCUUCUUGUACGGUUCCUAAAGAGAAACCUACAAAUAAUAAUUUCUCACUUGUUCAAAAGAGUCCUUCAGAAAGUGUACCACAUAUCUGUUUUCCUGAUAUGUUUAUGUCUGUUGAAAAACCAACAAGACAAGGAAAGACAAAGAGUAAACCAGAACUGGUUUCUGUAACAGUCAAAGAGGAAGAAAAGAAAGACACUGAUGAAUCACUAGACUACAAAGCAUUAACUAUUGAAUCAUAUACCUCAUCAAUAAGCCGUAAUGCAUCUUUUGAACCUCUUAGAAAAUGUGAGGAUGAUUCGGAUCCUUUGAGCAACUUUAUCAUUCUGAGAAACAAACAUAAGACUAUCUUGUCAGAACCUCACGUUAAUAUGGAUGAAGGCCAAAAAGAAGAGGAAUAUACUCUGACUAUUGAAAAAGAGAGUCCUGUCAUUUGUAGAGAGCUGUCCCCUGAGAAGAAGCAAGAAAAGGAGGCGAAUAAUGUCCUUGAAAUUCCAGCAGCCGAUAGCCAAUGGCAGGCAUACAGUCUUUUAGAAGCUGUAGCUACUCCUUUAUUGAAAGAGCUUGCUUGCCAUGAUAAUCUUCCUACACCAAACUGGAAAUUUGCCACUCUUGGCUUUGACCAUACUAGAUUUUUCUUAAAGCAGCAAGAAAAAAUGAUAAAUGAUAUUUUUCUUCAAGGUAAAAAUGAUGAAAGAGAAGUAAUAUUCAAACAGGCAGCAGUGGUCCAUCUUUUGGUAACAGUUCGAGAUCUCCUCUUAAUGUGUAGCUUGGACACAGCAUUGGGAUAUUUACUGAAAGCAAAAGAUGUCUACAAAAGCAUGUUAGGUUCCUGUUUGGAUAAUAUUUGGAGACAGCUUGAAAUUGUACAGUUUAUCAAGAAGAAAAAUCCUGAAACCAACCACAAAGUACAACAGUUAUAUUGCCAAAUGUUACAUUUGGUACAAAUGAAUAAUACAGAAGAACAGCAGUUUAAGGUGCUAAUUAUAACAAAAAUGGACUCAGAUGAUGAACAUUGUUUCCUUAUUGAAAUACUUAGCAAAAUAAACGGUUUAGAAUGUAUUUCUUUAUCUCCUGAAAAAAUAAAAGGUUUACUGGAAUCCAAUGAUGUUUUAAAUAGUGUCAAGAAGUGGUUCUGCAUGGUUGUACAUAAUCGACAUAUCGGACCUGACUUUCCCUGGACUCAAUUCUCAUUCAUGGUAGAAUAUAAUUAUGUAGAAAACUCUUGCUGGAUUGAACAUUGUAAACAAUUGGAUAUUCCUUACAUGGCCUUUAAAACAGUUCUCCCAGAUGGAGUUUAUAAAAAAAGUGCCUCACUGGACAGCUUUGGUGGUUUUCUUUUGGAAAUUCAAAUCCCGUAUGUGUUUCUCACAUCUGAAGGACUUCUUAACACACCAGAAAUACUUCAGCUACUAGAAUCCAACUACAAUAUAACCUUAGUGGAAAGAUGUUGCAGUGAGUCCUUGCAGCAGUUUGGAGAUACAGAUCGUUAUGUGGUGAUGACAGUUGAUGAGUGCACGGCCAUAAUUAUUCAGAGUCUGGAAGAACUGAAUUGUGAAAAGGCAUCAGAUAACUUCAUUUUGAAAUUGAUAGCAUUAUCAAUCCAGUACAGCUACUGUUGGGUCAUUUUGUACUCCAAGGAAAGAUUGAAUUCAGAGUACUGCCUGACAGGAAAAACACUUCAUCACCUAGCACUGAUCUAUGCAGCUUUGGUUCCAUUUGGGCUGAAAUCUGAAGAACUGGAAGUGAAGCUUGUUGUUAUGCCGGGAGUUGAAGAAACCGCACAGCUAAUUCGCCAAAUUGCCGACCACAUCUUGAUGUCCUCUAAGAGAGAUCCUCAUGAAUGGCUGGACAAGUCUUGGCUUUCAGUUUCACCAUCUGAGGAUGAAAUGUGUUUACUUGAUUUUCCAUGUAUCAAUCCCUUGGUGGCUCAGCUUAUGUUAAAUAAAGGCCCUUCACUUUCUUGGCUACUGUCUGCAACUCUUGAUCAACUUGAAGGACUUCUGCCUGAAGUUCCCUCCAAAGUAUUAAAGCACUUUUCUGAGAUUACUUCUUUGUUCAAGAUCGGUUCUUCCCUGACAAAGUCACCUUUAAUUUCAUCAUCUCAAGAAAAUGGAUACCAACCUGGGACACUCUCUUCUCAGUGUUCAAUCUCAAGCUCUUCAGCAUCCAUCAUUCAAGGACAGGAUGAGUAUUUUUGUUAUCCAGAAGUAUAUGAAAAAGUGCCUGAACAUGCAAGUCUAUCUUCAAAUUAUACCCCUUCCCUCCGAGGACCAAGUGAAAUGCAAUAUCUUUUACCAUCUCCAAACUCUUAUGAACAGAUGAACUGCUGGGAAGAUUCCAGUUUGAACCCAUACCAACCCCAGCAUACUGCUUUUCUGAAUAACAUAGCAUCCAGAAGAACAGCUGGCACUUCCUUUCUAAGGCAAAAUGAUUCAGAGUCAGAUGUCUUUUCUUCAGGACUGGCUCAAAUGAAUUAUGAAGCAAGAAUGACUGCGAGUAGAACUGACUCUAAUUGUAUAAACUAUAAGGGAGAAGACAUUCAUACAACAAAAGGGAAAAUGAGAAAAGAAUUGGAUUCCCCUGUGUUUUUACUGGAGAACUCUGAGUAUCCUGCUACCUGGAAUUAUAAAAAUAAUAGACUAGAAUCACAAAGCCAUCCUGUCAGAUUGCAAUAUGGUAGAGAACAGAACUCGUGUGAUACAUGGUUCUCUGAAAAAGACAAUAGAAAUCAAGCCUCUUACCCCUUUAUGCUUGAACAAAAUUGUUUCUCUGGUGAAUUAAAAGGCUUUGUGUAUGACAGGCUAGAUGCUUCUCAGACAGAGAAGACUUCCUGGAAAGGAUUACCAGCUUUCUCCAAUGUGAAUUCAUUUGCACAUAAUUCUUGUACCUGUAAUUUAAAUGCAGCUUCAGAAAAAUUCAACAAUCUGUAUGUCCAGCAAAAAUCUGGAAGAUAUUCAGGUCUGAAAAGACACAUUGCAACUUCAUCAGAUUUGGCAGAGAAUGAAUCGUUAACAGAUCUGAUCUAUCCACAGCGACCCCAACUCAAAAAAAGGCGACUAGUUUAUGAAAAGGUCCCUGGAAGAACUGAUGGCCAAACACGCCUGAAGUUCUUUUGA